ACAGCAACAUUCAUCCACAAGCUCGCUCUGUCAGUCUGUCUCACAUAAACAAAGUUGCGUGAACCCAGACUGUUCUUGAACAACUCUGCACCCCCCACGGUUAAAGAGGGUUGUUUGAGGUGGGGGUCUCCAGACGGAUACAGGGGGAAAAACAGGCUGUAACCAGAUCUGUUUAACCCUUCUUUUCCCCCUCCUCCUGUGUGCCUGUUAGGGGAGGGGUGUGGUUAUGAAUGCCAGUUUGUGUCAAACAGAGUAUGUUUGUACUCGUGCUUGAAUGUGUGUGUAUGUUUGUGGAUGUCUGUAUGCACGUGAGGAUAUGUGUACGUUAAAUUCAAUUUCACGCAGCGCGCGACACUGACGGAAUUACAAGUGCAGUAGUCGAGCGAGGAGAGGACUAUACCAACUGAAACUAGCUACACACAGUCAUGGCACUGUGUGGAGCCAAGGGACCACGUUUUUUGGGGCCCAACGUGUACCACGAGGCCCCAGAUGGAGGCUGGGGAUGGGUAGUGGCUGUGACCUUCUUCUUGGUAGAGGUUUUCACUUACGGCACCAUCAAGAGCUUUGGCAUCUUCCUCCAGGACCUGAUGGAGGAGUAUGGAGAGACCAACAAUCGAGUCUCCUGGAUUGUUUCCAUCUGCGUGUUUGUCAUGACAUUCAACGGUCCUCUCUCUUCUGUGAUGACUAACCGCUUUGGGUUCCAGCUUGUUGUCAUGGUUGGAGGAUUGCUUAUUUCCUCGGGUACCAUAGCCACCAGCUUUACCAGCUCCAUCAAUCAAAUGUACAUCACCUAUGGAUUAGUUGCAGGUCUGGGCUACUGUUUGACCUUCCUACCCACUGUGACCAUCCUCUCCCAGUACUUCACACGUCGACGGUCUCUGGUCACAGCUGUGGCGUCCACAGGAGAGUCCCUGUCCAUGUUUGCCCUGGCACCAGCCUUUUCUGCACUGAGGGACCGCAUUGGCUGGCGACAUACCAUGGCAGUGAUAGGAGCUUUGCAAAGCACUAUCAUCAUCUGUGGUGCUCUGCUUCGGCCUAUUGUUCUCACACCCAGAGUGUCCUACGAGACAGAAACUGACGGAGCGUCCCCAAAGGAACUGGAAGUGCUCAGUGCACGGGAGAAUGCAGAGGGCACAAACCCAGAGGACUCUAUGACAAACAGUACCUCACAUGCACCAAAUACCUCAUACAGUCUGGACAAUGAGCUAACCACAGGCUCCAUGAGCACUGGAGACUCUGGUGUCCAGUCUCUAAAGGACAGAGAUGACAGCAGCCCAGAAGAGAAGACUUUACUGCACAAAGAAGCAAGGUCAGACACAGAGCAGAAAUUUGUGGAAAACGGACAGGCAGAGAUAAGAGAAUCUGAAACCAAGGAGGAGAAAAAGAAAAAAGACAUAGAAAAACAAGGAAUGACAGUUGAGGAAAAUAAACCAGGUGAUGAAAAGCUAUCUGCAAAGAAUUCAAAACUUCUAGAUUUCUCUAUCCUUAGAGAGUGCAGCUUCAUUUUCUAUUCUCUGUUUGGGCUGUUUGCCACACUCGGCUUCUUUGCCCCUCAACUCUACAUCAUCGAGCUGAGCGUGAGUCGAGGUGUGGAGCGGGACCGUGCUGCCUACAUGCUCUCCACCAUGGCUGUGGCUGAAAUCUUAGGCCGAUUCUCCAUUGGGUGGAUCCUGACACGCAAGCAGUUCAGGAAGAGGAAGCUGCUUGUUCUCCUGGCAUGUGUAAUCAUAAUGACUGUGGAUCUGGUGGGAUUUACUUUGGUUACGGAGUUCUAUGGCCUGGCCGUGUGCUGCGCUAUGUAUGGCUUCUUUAUGGGAACGCUAGCAUGCACCCACAUCCCCAUACUGGCUGAGGAUGAUGUUGUGGGUAUUGAUAGGAUGUCUUCAGCUGCUGGUGUCUAUGUGUUUAUACAUAGCUUUGCUGGGCUGGCCGGACCCCCACUUGGAGGCAUGCUGGUGGAUGUGACUCAGAACUACGGCUCAGCCUUCUACUCCUGCGCAGCUGGCAUGGCGCUGAGCGCCCUGUUUCUUGGUUUGGUAAAACCUGCUAAGAGAGGAUUACUCUGUAGGAGAAGGAACUCAAAACAACCUGAAGAUUUACAUGAAAGGAAAGAGGACUCCAACGAACAGAGUGAAGAUUAUAAACUGGACAAAACUGAGAGUGCUCACGAUUGCUCAGAAACAGAAGUCGGCUUGGACCACAGCCAGGCAGGGGCCAUGAGAGAUGUCCAGGAAGUUAUACGUUUUGCUUGAGCUGAUAACAUAGGAUAAGAUAGUAAAAGGGUCAAACCAUACAAGGGUAAAAAGCUAUCUAAAGACUGCUGCUGCCUAAAGCAACAUGAAUACAAUGAAGAAAGUGACCAAUACUUAAAUGUUUAACAUCUGCCACUGUAAAUUGAUUUGAGAGAAAUCUUAAGAACCUUUAGAUCACUAUAUGUAUGUAGCAAUCAUGUCUUACAUACCUAAUGUACCCAGUGUUUUUACCAGUCAAUACUGUAGAAAUUAAAAUAAGUGUACUAUUAAAUUAGCUUGAGUAAGUGAGUAAGCUUUUAUUAUAGUCUUGUUUUAUAUGGACGAUGGUGUGAAACAUUGCUGAAAGGUAUGGGCCUUCAAAAUGGACCAUGAUGAGGGUGUCAGUGGAGGUGCCUUAGUUUUAGACAUUCUAGAGGGACUAUGCAACAAUUUAAUACUGAUAAACUAAUUACCUGCUGGUGAUCAAUACUGAUAAUGAUAGCCAGAGAAACUGUGAAGCAAAUGUAGCUGCAAGAACAAUAAUUUGCACAGAUUCUGUAACACUUGUUAUAGAAAAUGCACAAAGCUCAGGAGUAUGUGAUUGUAGCAGUGUUUAUUUUUAAUCAAACUGUCACUAAGCUGACGAUGCACUUUAAUGUGAUAUGAGAUGACAGACUUAAUCUAUUUUUCUAAUGAAAAUGUGUUCAAUCACAAUAAAGAAGCACAGUGAUUUGAACCUUUGAA